AUGUUGCGGCAAAACCACACUUUACAGUCGAACCACAGCAAGUCGUUUUACCGAGAGCAGUGCGAGUACGUCAUCAGCAAGCUCAAUGCUACCUCCUCGGACAAUUCGAUCCUGCAAGCACAGCUUGAGGAACUUAAGGAAAUCUUCCGCGAGAAGGUGGAUCAUUUGGAAGAAGAGAUUGCCCACCUCACCUACAAGAACCAGCAGAUGAACCACGCAGCGAAAAACCUCCAGACAUACAUGAGCAAGCAACCAAUCUUCUUUUCCGAUCAGCUACCCGAUGAACAUAUUUUGGGCAAGACAUUCCUCCUCUUGAAGCGGAUCAAGGAUUGGUCUGCCUUGUUUUCGGGCCACGAAACUGCGAGCCAAGCCGCGAUACAAGACGAAGACUUGGAUCAGUAUCGCGCCGUAUUUCCUGGGACGACCGACCUCGAAUCACUGCACGCGCAACUUCGUGACGGGAAACGCCGUCGCUUGUUCGUGCGCGGAUGGACGGCGUACAUCAUUUGCAACACUGUCUUUCCUGCAUCUCGUGAUGGGGUUCCAUCGGUUCCUAAGAGUGAGGACAGCAUGCCAGCCAACGAGGCCUAUCAGGAGAAGAUCCUUGAGCUAGAGAAUAUGAUGCGCUCAAUGGAUAUUCCAAUGGCAAAGGUCAACGAUUGGAGAGCACUCACAUUCAAUCUCUCCCCCACCUCCGAAUCAGACGACAUGGGCAACAUCGAGUCCACGUGGAUGCAAAAGGCCUGCGCACGGGUGCUGACAGUCAUCAAGCCGUGGAGCAGACCAGAAGAUAUGCUCAUGGCCGUCGAAGAACUCCUCUCCAUCUUCCAAGACGCGGUUAACAUUUCGGCCGUACUUCAGCGCCAGCGCGCAUGUUGGACUGUCAGGUUCCCCGGCGUUCCGCAGACGGAUGCGGCAUAUGUGCUUCCUUUCGACAGCUCGUACAUGAUGGCGAAGGAUGCUGAAGGACCGCAGGGUUCGAGGACAGUGGAGGGCGUUAUCACGCCUGCUGUUUUCAAGAGAGGGAAUGCGGAUGGAGAAGCUUUCGAUGUUGAGAUUUGUGCCCAAGAGGCGGUGGUGGUCACAUCUGAGGAGUGCAAAGAAGAAGUCCGGCACAGCAAGUUUAUAGAAAUAGACACAUCCUUGUAG